AUGACUGCCAUGAAUUGGCGAGUGGAAGGCUUCGGGGUCGACGUCCCGCACGCAUACGAUUCCGAGCGUGGCCUUCGAGUACAGAACCGCCGAGGUAGAAUUUCUAGCAGCUGCAUGGCACUGCUGCUACUGGUCUGUAUUUUUGCGGCGACUUUUUUCGGAGCUGUUGUGUUGCUUUGGACUACUGGGAUGAACCACAAUGGCCGGUCGGCAUGGAUAUGGGCGUCGACGGUGCCGGACAUCCUGGCGCGUGGAACCUGACCUUGGAACACUAAGUUAUGUGUCAUGACCUUCCGGUGGGAUCGGGUGCGUUAUUGUCGGUGACUGCUCAUUGAUCGUCGUUCGUCUAUGGGGUGCAUAGGGGUGUAGCACGAUUAGCUGAUGACAUCCGGGAGAUGCUGGAGGGGGAGAGCUAGGGGGUCCCAUUAGAAUAGC